AUGCCCCGCACCUUCCAAGCCUUCUGCCAAAGAACCCCUAAGUGCCAGAGGAAGUUUAAAACUCUCUGGGAGAAAGCUGAAUUACUGGAUUUGUUCUGGGAACUAAAAAGUAACGCCACAGUAGCGCACCAUUAUGGCGUCAAUGAAAGCACCAUACGCUACAUAAAGAAGAACAAGGCAGCAAUCAGGAGUACUGUAUCAGUAUGUUUCUGUGAUAGUGCCAAAAAGGUAACAACUGUAAGAAAUAAGAAUAUUGUCAGGGUGGAAUCUGCCCUGGUAUUGUGGAUCACUGACUGCAGGAAGAACAUCCCCUUGGAUGGUAACAUCAUCCGUGAGAAAGCACGCAAAUUGUACCAGCAGUUCACUACAGGAGACAAUACAGAAGGUAUCGAAGAACCACAACCAGGACCAUCAACAGCGCCAGAGCCUGAAAAUUUUCAAGCCAGUAAGGGAUGGUUUGAUCGUUUUCAGAAACUAUUCAAUAUUAAAAGUGUUUACCUACACGGAGAGGCAGCAUCUGCCAGCAAAGAAGCUGUGGAAAAGUACCCUGAGACGUUCAGGCACAUCAUAGAGGAGAAGGGAUACAAGCCUGAACAAGUUUUCAACAUAGAUGAGACUGGCUUGUUCUGGAAGAAGAUGCUGUCCAGAACUUACAUCAUGAAGGAUGAAGCCAAAGCUCCAGGGUUUAAGGCACAGAAGGACAGAGUGACGCUCAUUAUGUGUGGCAAUUCUGCUGGUUACAUGAUGAAACCAGGCCUCAUCUACAAAUCAGCGAACCCUAAGGCCCUCAAAAACAAAAAUAAAAACCUGUUGCCUGUCUACUGGAUGCAGAACCCUAAGGCCUGGAUUACCAAAAUCCUAACUUCAAAUUGGUUUCAUCAGUGCUUCAUCCCUCAAGCCAAGGAAUACCUCCACUACUUAGGCAUGGACUUCAAGGUGUUGCUCAUUAUGGAUAAUGCUGGUGGCCACCCUUUGGAUCUGUAUUACGAUGGAGUCCAGAUUAAGUUCCUCCCUGCCAACACCACCUCCCUCAUCCAACCUAUGGACCAAGGCGUGAUCUGUGCCUUCAAGGCUCUUUAUACCCGGAAUUCUCUCCAACACCUUGUGGAUGCAAUGGACACGGACGAGAAUUUUACAUUAAAGGGUUACUGGCGUAACUUUACGAUCGCAACGUGCCUGUCAGUCAUCCAAGCUGCUCUUAAGGAGAUGAAAAAGGAAACCCUCAAGGCAUGCUGGAAGAAACUGUGGCCAGAGUGUGUCCAUGACUACAAGGGCUUCUCACCUGAAGAAAUUCAGCACGAGGCUGUCGACAAGGCCAUGAGACUGGCAAAGAUACUUGGUGGUGAAGGUUUUGAUGACAUCACUCAAGAUGAGGUCAACAACCUCAUCGAUGCCCACUCUGAACCCCUGACAAAUGAGGAUUUGUUGGAGUUAACAAAGUCUGCCAGUGAAGAGGAGGAGGAAGCUCUCAAAGUUAAUAAUAGCAUCGAUGCUGCCAUUCAGACAUAUAAAACCCUCCUCACAACCAUGAAGAAACAACGACAGCAGCUUUCCAUCACAAUGUUCCUCAGCAAAAGCAAGCACUAA